UUCACAGAACCGGUUGCAAAGCAUUAUGGGAGUAGCGAUGCCUCUGUUUCAUGCCAGAGGAGUUUUCCAGUACAGCUUUGGACUGAUGCCAUACAGGAAGCCCAUCCACACCGUCGUGGGAAAGCCGAUCCCAGUGGUCCAGACUCCGAGUCCCAGCUGUGAGGACAUCGAGUGUCUUCAUCAACGUUACCUUCAGAAUCUGACAGAACUGUUUGAACAACACAAACACAACUAUGGUCUAGAGGAACAACAACAUCUGACCUUCAUCUGACCUUCAUAUGACCUUUAUAUAAAUGUUGGGAAGCGUCUGCAGGAAACCAUCUGAACCCAGAUCUGUAGAGCUGUGAGGCAACAACAACAACAGCUUUGUGUUUUUACACUUUCAUGAAAACAAUGUUCACAAAGUGUUUUACAUUCACAAUAAAUAAACAACACAAAUCUAAACUUUGUUAGUGUUUUUACAAGAGAUUUAAAAGAUGGCACUGAUUUGGCUACAAUAACAAGACAACAAUAACAAGACAAGACAACAAUAAAAAACACAAUAUACCAAUAACACAA